AUGCAAGACGGCAGAAGAAAACAAGUGAUGAUAUACAACGGAGAUGGAAACGAGCAACUCAUAUUUGGUUGGAGGAGCCAAGCUGGAGAAGAUCUAUCGUCAGAGGCAAACGUAAUGGUGGCGACAAACUUACUUUGGUUAUGGGGCUUAGGAGAGUAUUGCAUUCAUAAAAAUUUUAAAUGA